AUGAGUAAAGCAUUAUUGAAGACAGGAAGACCCAUCUUCUUUUCCCUCUGUGAAUGGGGAGUUGAAGACCCUUCAACUUGGGGUCCCGGUGUUGGUAAUAGCUUGAGAGCAACUGGGGAUAUUGCUGAUAACUGGGAGAGAAUGACAAAACGUGUAGAUAAAAAUGAUAAAUGGGCAUCUUAUGCUGGACCUGGAGGAUGGAACAAUCCUGACAUGCUUGAAGUUGGGAAUGGCGGCAUGACGACGGAGGAGUACAGGUCACAUUUCAGCAUCUGGGCAUUAGCCAAGGCUCCUCUCAUACUCGGAUGCGACAUUCGAUCGAUGGACCUCGACACCCACCAAAUUCUGAGCAACAGUGAAGUGAUUGCAGUGAACCAAGACAAACUUGGAGUGCAGGGGAAGAAGGUUAAGAAAGAUGGAGACUUGGAGAGAUUAUGGGCGCACACCACCGAAGCAAAGGUGAAGGAACAAAUCUCGGCAGACUUGGAUCCCCAUGCCUGUAAAAUGUAUAUCAUCAUUCAAAAGUAA